AAAUAUCAGCUGCAGAACAAAAAGAGAACACCCACAAGUUCUAAGCAACAGGAGAAAAACCUGUGAGUUUGGUUGCAGCCACAGAAGAAGAGGGGAGGAGAUUCUGGUGCUUCUUCAAUGGCUGUUUCAAUUUCUGCAACUGGGUUUAAGGGAGGUUUAGGAACUUCAUUGAGUUGGGGAAGUUCGAUUGCUGGAGAAGACUCUGCUUUGUUGGCUAAAUCAGUGCAGAACCAGGUUCGCGUUCGAGUUGCAAAGCCAGUUAGGUUUCAGCCUGUGAUGAAGAACGUCAAUGAAGGCAAAGGGCUCUUUGCACCUAUUGUUGUUGUCAGCCGGAAUGUUAUCGGCAAGAAGAGGUUCAAUCAGCUCAGAGGAAAGGCUAUCGCCUUGCAUUCACAGGUGAUUACAGAAUUCUGCAAGUCAAUUGGGGCUGAUGCAAAACAGAGGCAAGGAUUGAUUCGUCUCGCGAAGAAGAAUGGAGAAAGACUUGGAUUUCUUGCAUGACGAAGAUCAUAUGUUUUUCCAUUUGCUUGAGCACAUGCAGUAGUUAAUAUAGUUCAUUUCAGUCACUUCAUAUAGAAAUACUUUCAUCUGGGUUACCUCAAGAACCAGAAUGAACAACCCCGUAUUUUCUACUUUCCUGCGUUCUUUUUCAGCUUCAAUUUAGUUGUAAUAUCUGAUUUUCAGAACACUGAAAAGUCUGAAAUAAAACUAGGAAUUCACUUUUCAACAUGGACAUGCAGAGAAAACUGAUUCAGUUUCCAAUGUGCCAGAAAGUCAAAAUGAAUCUAGUACAAUUCA